GAGAAAGGGGUGUCCAUUCCCCAGGCCACACAUUUAGACUGUAACUUGUAGUUGUAGCAGAUCGUGUUUGUGUUUUCCUGAUCUCAUUUCUGGCCUUUUUGUGGCCACCUGGGCUUCUACUGAUCCGUCUUAGAUCCAGAUCACAGAAGCACCUGCAAGAGAAUUACAAGAUUAGAGGGAGAGAGAGAAAGAGACCACAGGCCUCUACGUACAGCGAAGAGAACACGCAUUUAUGAAUUUAUGAACUGAGUGUUUUUUCCACUUCUCACGGCCAUCACGUCAUCAGUUCCACUCCAAAAGCCGACGAAGUUGAGCAGUUAUGGAAAGCAAAGAUGAAAUCAAGGUUUCUCUGAUGACCAAGAGGAACCUGGGUAAGGGGAAGAUCUCUAUCCCAGACUACAAGGAUCGCGUCUUCGUUCUCACCAAGGAAAAAUUGUCGUAUUACGAGGGAAACCUGAGUAAACGUGGGAAGCUAAAAGGAGAAAUACCCCUGCCUGCUGUCAAGGUCAUAGAAAAGGUGGACGAUGGCCUGCUUCCCAAGGACAACUGCUUCCAGGUUUGUUACGAGGACUCGCUGAACCUGUAUAUCAUGGCCAGUGACACCAGAGAACAGGAGGAGUGGGUCAGUCUGAUGCAGGAAGCUUGCAAGAACAACAAGGGUCUCCUCCCAAUGUUCCACUGCGGGAUCUGGCAGAGCGGCCAGUGGUCGUGCUGUAGACAGGUCGACAAGAUGGCGCCCGGGUGUAAACAGGCCUUCAGCCAGAGGUCACCUGCGGACACGCAGAAUGGGAGCAGUACUGCACAGAACCAACUGCCAGACAAACUCAAGAACAGGCGCCUCCCCCCACCCCCAGUACCCGAUCACGCAAAAAGACAGCUUCCUGCCCCCCCUCCGGCCGCCAAAGUGGUAGUGGCCGUAUAUGAGUAUGAACCGUCCCAGCCGGGAGACCUGCAGCUAAAGAAAGGGGAGGAGUACACGAUUACAGACGACUCCAGGACUCACUGGUGGAAGGCUCUCAACAGAGAAGGGGUUCAAGGAUUCAUUCCCAGCAACUAUGUCCAGGAGAAGACUGAGAAGGGUCUCAUAGGAGAAGGGUGGUACUGUAAAGACAUGUCCAGACAGAGAGCUGAAGCUUUACUAAAACAGGAGGACAGAGAAGGCUGCUUCCUGGUCCGAGACUCCACGGCAAGCCCGGGUACCCUGACUGUGACUGUGCUCUGCAAAACUCCUCAGACGACUGUUCGGCACUACCACAUCAAGCAGAACCCGCGGGACUCCAAGUACUUUCUGUCGGAGAAAUACACUUUUCCGACCAUCCCCGAACUCAUCAACUAUCAUCAGCAUAAUGGAGGAGGCCUUGUGACGAGGUUACGAUUGCCGCCGGCAGCCCUUACGGGAUACGCACCUGCGACCUUGGGCUUCAGUCAAGAUAAGUGGGAGAUCUCCUCGACUGAGCUGACCCUGAUGAAGCCGCUGGGCAGCGGGCAGUUCGGGGUGGUGAGGCUCGGGAAGUUCCAGGGGCGGAUGCUGGUGGCAGUGAAGACCAUGCGGGAGGGAAGCAUGUGUGAGGACGACUUCAUACAGGAGGCCAAGACCAUGACGAAGCUGCAGCACCCAAACCUGGUCCAGCUGUAUGGAGUCUGCUUUAAGGAGAGACCCAUCCAGAUAGUCACAGAGUACAUGUGCAAUGGUAACCUGUCCAGCUACCUGCGGACGAAGGGGCGAGAACUAGCGGAGGACAGGAGCCCUUUGAUUGACAUGUGUCAUCAGGUGUGCUGCGGGAUGGAGUACCUAGAGAGGAACAAGUUCAUCCACAGAGAUCUGGCUGCCAGGAACUGUUUAGUUGGAGAACACAACAUCGUGAAGGUGUCCGACUUUGGGCUGUCAAGGUAUGUGUUGGAUGACGAAUACACCAGUUCAACAGGCAGCAAGUUUCCCAUCAAAUGGGCAUCCCCGGAGGUCCUCGAGUUCUCUCGCUUCAGCAGCAAGUCGGACAUCUGGGCUUUUGGUAUCCUGAUGUGGGAGGUGUUCACCCUUGGCAAGACCCCCUACCCGAACCUGAACACGACCGACGUGGUGAGACAGGUGACGCACGGGAAACACCUGGACCGACCACAGAGGUGUCCUCAUGCCGUCUAUCGCAUCAUGAAACAGACCUGGGAGAAGGACCCGAUGAGAAGGCCCUCCUUUAAGGAACUCCAGGUCCAGAUUGAAGACAUACAGGAGAAGGAUUAUUGUGAGUAAGGCCCUUCUUCCCUGCUCCAGCCGGCAUGUCAACAAACAAACAAACAAACAAACA